CCUGGCUGCAAGCAGAGCGGAUCGGCGCGGAGGGCGCGAGCGGAGCGGAAAGCUGAGUGUGCACGGCCCUCAGAGCUCCCCUCGGCGCACAGGGGCGCGGGUACUGACCGCGGGGCCCUCGGGCCGGCCCGGGCUCCGGGCGGCUCCGGGCUCGGGACCAUGGCGCUGCGCGCCCGGGCACUCUACGACUUCAGGUCGGAGAACCCCGGCGAGAUUUCUCUGCGGGAGCACGAGGUGUUGAGCCUGUGCAGCGAGCAGGACAUCGAGGGCUGGCUCGAAGGGAUCAACAGCCGCGGCGAUCGCGGCCUCUUCCCGGCCUCGUACGUGCAGGUGAUCCGCACGCCCGAGCCCGGCCCUCCGGCCGACGGCGGCCCUGGAGUCCCGGCCCGCUACGCCAACGUGCCACCCGGUGGCUUCGAGCCUCUGCCCGCCGCUCCGCCCGCCGCCUUCCAGCCGCUGCUGCAGCCGCAGGCGCCGCCGAGUUCCUUCCAGCCGUCGGGCGCCGGCUUCCCGUACGGCGGGGGCGCCCUGCAGCCGUCGCCGCAGCAGCUGUACGGCGGCUACCAGGCCAGCCAGGGCAGCGACGAUGACUGGGACGACGAGUGGGACGAUAGCUCCACGGUGGCCGACGAGCCGGGCGCGCUGGGCAGCGGCGCCUACCCCGACCUCGACGGCUCGUCCUCGGCUGGCGGCGGCGCGGCUGGUCGUUACCGCCUGUCCACACGCUCCGAUCUGUCGCUGGGCUCACGGGGUGGCUCGGCGCCGCCGCAGCAUCAAGCGUCUGGAGCCAAGAGCUCGGCCACGGUGAGCCGCAACCUCAAUCGCUUCUCCACCUUCGUCAAGUCGGGCGGGGAGGCCUUCGUGCUGGGCGAGGCGUCGGGCUUCGUGAAGGACGGGGACAAGCUGUGCGUGGUGCUGGGGCCCUAUGGCCCCGAGUGGCAGGAGAACCCCUACCCUUUCCAGUGCACCAUCGACGACCCCACCAAGCAGACCAAGUUCAAGGGCAUGAAGAGCUACAUCUCUUACAAGCUGGUGCCCACGCACACCCAGGUGCCCGUGCACAGGCGCUAUAAGCACUUCGACUGGCUGUACGCGCGCCUGGCUGAGAAGUUCCCCGUCAUCUCGGUUCCCCACCUGCCUGAGAAGCAGGCUACCGGGCGCUUCGAGGAGGACUUCAUCUCCAAGCGCAGGAAGGGCCUGAUCUGGUGGAUGAAUCACAUGGCCAGCCACCCAGUGCUGGCGCAGUGCGACGUCUUCCAGCAUUUCCUGACCUGCCCCAGCAGCACGGACGAGAAGGCCUGGAAACAGGGUAAGCGAAAGGCUGAGAAGGAUGAGAUGGUGGGCGCUAACUUCUUCCUCACUCUGAGCACACCCCCGGCCGCCGCCCUGGACCUGCAGGAGGUGGAGAGCAAGAUCGAUGGCUUCAAGUGCUUCACCAAGAAGAUGGACGACAGCGCGCUGCAGCUCAACCACACUGCCAACGAGUUUGCGCGCAAGCAGGUGACUGGCUUCAAGAAGGAGUAUCAGAAGGUGGGCCAGUCCUUCCGAGGCCUCAGCCAAGCCUUUGAGCUGGAUCAGCAGGCCUUCUCGGUGGGUCUGAACCAGGCCAUCGCCUUCACCGGAGAUGCCUACGACGCCAUAGGCGAACUCUUCGCUGAGCAGCCCAGGCAGGACCUGGACCCAGUCAUGGACCUGUUAGCACUGUAUCAGGGGCACCUGGCCAACUUCCCAGACAUCAUCCAUGUUCAGAAAGGAGCUCUUACCAAAGUGAAGGAGAGUAGACGACAUGUGGAAGAGGGCAAGAUGGAAGUCCAAAAAGCUGACGGCAUCCAAGACCGCUGUAACACCAUUUCUUUCGCCACGUUGGCCGAGAUUCAUCACUUCCAUCAGAUUCGAGUGAGAGACUUUAAAUCACAGAUGCAGCAUUUUUUACAACAACAAAUAAUAUUUUUCCAAAAAGUGACCCAGAAGUUGGAAGAAGCUCUUCACAAAUACGACAGCGUCUAGAGGCUGGACCCAGGACUUUGCCCUUGUUUCCAGUCCAAGGAUAGUUUCUGCAGCGGAAUCAAAAGAGCUGUUGCCAACUCUAGGUGGUGGUACAAGGGUGGAUUUGUGUUCCACUGAAACCCAGCUGGAUAUAUAAUUACGUAGGAAAGAAACAGUUAAUGUGGCUAUGUAGCAGAAACAGUACCACACUUUGUAACUAAAUUAUACUAUGUAUGCCUACACUACCAUUGUAACUUUUGGAUAAUGAUUAUACUAUUUGCCUUAUUGCUUUCUGAAGUAUGGGUAUAUCAGUGUAUACUUUGUAGACCUCAAAACCCAUGAAGAGUCUCAAAGAAGCUGGCUGGACAAAAGCCUGCUGUGGAUGCCUUUUUAUUCUCAUAGAUCGAGAUUACCUAAAUUCAACCUAUUCUCUGUUUACAAACUCCAACUAGAGCAGCUAUGCGACUUUGUGCCUUUAGACUGGUUGUUUUCAUUUCUGUCCCACCCCUGUUUAAGCCCCCACUUUUCUGAUGGAGAGUGACAGGCCGGCACGUUGGUGACAAACUGUUGAAAACCUCCUGUUUCUCGGGGCGGGCGGGCGGGAGACUCCGUGGCCAUCACUUUGCCCAGGAAGCAUCGUCCGGUAAGAUGCCGGCAGUCACAGAGGAGUGAGACGCGAUGCUGUCUUUGGAUGUGAAGUCUCAUAGGGAGAGAGGCAGUGUCCCGUGCCCUCUCACACCUGUCAUAGCAUGGCCUCUGGACUCAAGGGUCCCGCGCACUGGGCAUGGGGAUUUCAGCAGAUGCCCUGAGCGCAUGGAGAAGGAGGAAUCCGAUCAGUUGGAGAUAAAGUAUAGAAACAGUGACAGACAGCACACCCGCUCUUAGUUCUUGGGAGGGCUUCCUUCUGUCUUUUUUUUUUUUUUAAUCUUGAAAUUUUCUUUUAAUGUUCAGCUUUUUGUUUUGUUUUUAAAUGGAUCUACACUGUUAACUGAAUGAGACUCCACUGUGAUUCACUCGUUUACUUAAUCAAAAAAUUUCAGGGAUGUCUGUAAAUUUCAGUGUUCUACGCGAUGAGACGUGUUAGUUGAUUUAAGGAGGGACCAGAAAUAAUUUCUCCUAUUCCAGUACUGAAGAAAAAAAAAUACUGAUUUAUACUGUGUUUUUAAAAACUAAAUAUUGAUAAAGCCCCCCUCAGAACAUUUAACCUUAAAAAUUAUUUUAAAUAUAGUCUUUUAUUAUUAUAAGGGAACUACAAAUGACUGAUAAAUACCAAAAAAAAAAAAAAAAAAUUUAAAAGCAACUUCGUUUUAAAAAGCACAAGGAGAUUCUGGCUUGAAGUGCCCAAAUCUCAAUGUAUUUUGUAGUUUCUGAGCUAAAUAAUGUGAUUCUUGAGUUUACAGAUGUAAAAGCUGUCACUGAAGGUUGAAGCACCCAUAUCUACUGUCCCUGUGAACUACACUUAACGCUACCCCAGAAUCCCUGGUACUGAAAUGUCAACAUGGGGUACAGAGACCAAUCUCCAAGGGGUGAGCUAUUAACAUGAAAGGGUCAGCUUGCAGAAAGGUCAAGAAAGGAAAGGCUACUGGGAUAAUUACUCAACAGCGCAUUUAUUCUCUACGAAGUAAUCACAUAUGGUUUGAGUUAUUAAGAACAGAUUAUGAUAAUUUUGAUCUCUGGUCAAAUUCUUACACUUCAGAACUUAGAGCCGGACUUGGCAUCACGUGGCGUUGUCUUUCCUACAGGCGCGUGGGGCCGUCGCCAGAAGCCGUGUUCUUUUAAAAAACAACUUCCUCUUGUUGAUUGCAAAGUACAGUUAGAUAAAGAAAGCCCAUAUGUAUUUAAAAAUUAAUUUUAUUGCAGAAGUUUGGCGGUUAUAACGAUAGCAUUUAAUUUAAGUUUGAGUUGGUACUGGACAAGCAAGUUCUCUGCUUUUCAAAUGAUUUGAAAGUCACAUUUUUUGCCUUUCUGUUUUGAUGGUGGUUUGAUUUUUUUUUUUUUAAGUAAAUUACUAAACUUGUGCAAUAGUAGCAAGGAAAUUACCUGAGGUGUCUUGUAUGGUUGUGCUUUAGUCAGGGUGGACAUAGCUUAAAUGAUAAAAACUAAAGAUUAAAGGAAGUGUAAGUUCAUGCUGCCUCCUCCUUCUAAGAGAACUUUUGUCUGUCCUAACCACAUAGCAUAAUGCCACUGACUCAUGGGACUUUAAAUGGAUUCUGUGGGUUAAAGCACAGGAGUUAUUAGUGUCCAUUUUCAUCCAGGAUUCUUAUUCUCUAACGUUCUUGGUCCUAUUGAAACAUUUCAGUAUCUAAAAAUACUGCAAUGUUAAUACCCAAGAGAAAAGCCAUGAUGUGUCUGCUGGUCAUCAUGAUCAGUGUGGUACCUUUUUUGUUGUUGUUUUGUUUUGUUUGUUGUUUUCGUUUUUUAAAUAAACUAUCAUGCCCUUCGA